GUUUUGAUCCUUUCAGUGCUUAUUCAACUGAUUUAAAUUUAACUGUACAUUCAUCGGGAAUGUUAUCGCCAAAAGAGCCCGAAAUGCGAGUCGACAUACUCGAGAAUAACUCAGCUAUCGCUACUUUAAGGUUAUGUUUGAUUACAGAAAGUUCAGAAUUGCGUGAUUGUGCAACACGCGAUGAUAUGGUUAAACAGGAGUUGGAUAUUCUCCCUGGUACUGAUAUAAGAAUGGUGUCUUGCUCACCAUUUGAAUUGCGUUGUGAUAAAAAACCACCCGUAUCAUUCGUCGGUGGUAAUAUCCGAUCACAAGAUUCGUCAUAUCCAUUAGCGACUUUUAGUCAAACAAAAAGUGGCAUUUUCAAGAAAUCCACAGGCACAGCUGAUUUAACCAUAUAUAACAUGUCAGCUGUUGCACCAGCAGUGUGUUUUAUACUCAUCAUCGCUAGUAAAGCUUAUCAAGCAUGUGUUUGGAAUAAGAAUCUAGAUGAUCUAGCUAAGCAACAUGAUUUAACACAGUAUGAUAGAGCUCAAGGGAUGAUUUUUAGUUCGGCUGGAGCUGCGGGUGCUGUUUAAUAGAGAUCUGUCUAUUUUUGUCGCGCACCAGUUGUGAAGUCAUUCCAUUGUAACAAAAAGUUCGUCGUAUCUAAA